AUGAAUACUCAAGAAAAGAUAGAUUCAAUAUCCGAACAGGUAGAUUCUCUGAGUAGGAAGUACGGAGAGAGAAGUCUCUCCCCCACUUAGGACUCCCAGAGAAGAAAUAUGCGUCGAAUCAAAAGUGGUGGCCAAUCACUUAAACUCUUCAAUUUGAAACCUCAAUAGCAGACCUUUCUCAAAACUACUAAAGAAACAUCAGGAGGAGGAUUCUAUAAGAGGUCUCAAAUAAUGGGAACAACAUUUCCUUCGCUACGUACAAGAGAAAAAAAGAACAAUGAUUCAAAACAGGCAAAUACUAAAAAUGAAGAAAACGAUAGUUUGGUUCAUCUAGACUCUAUAGGAGGAAUCAAAUCACUUUUGGGACCCAAUCAUCAUUGCCACUUUGAAAUUUAAGUUAAAAAUCUUAUUGCAAAAUUGGAAGCGAGUGAGUUAUUGACUAUUAAGGCCAAGGAGGAAUUGGAGAGUGUUAUUUGGAUGGUCAAGAAUUAUAAUAGUGAAGGAUUGAUAUCGAAGUUAUUACAAUUGUAAUAGUUAAAAAAUGAAUUAGAGAAGGAUUAACAAUAGAUGAGGGAGGAAAUAGAUAUGUUGGGGAUGCAGAGAGAUGAUUGGUAAUCUAAGUAUUAGGAGAUUUAUGAAAAACUGUUAAAAAUGCAAGGAAUCGAAAAUGAUCUUCAUGAUGCAUUACAUAAGUUGUAGAUGUCGAACGAAUCCUUGGAAUAAAAUAACAGAAGGUUGAGGGAGAAACAAUUGGAAGUUUAGGAUUGGCAAAGGAAAUGCAACACUCAUGAUGAAUAAUUUAAAAUCAGGAUUACCAAAUUGGAAGAAACUUUGAAGGAGAAAGAAACCUAUAUCUAGCAAUUACAUAAGAAGUUGUAACGCCUUGAUAGAUUAAGACAAGAGAAGUUGGAGGAGGAACAAAGGAGAUCCAAAUAAUUGCAUGCUGAGUUAUUGGACACAAGAGUGAAUAAGGUUUAGAAUUUGUAAGAUGAAAUUGUCAAGUAAAAGAAGGUCAUUCAAUAGAGAGUAGAAGAAAUUGAAGAGCAAGAGAAAAAAAAUAAACAAUUGAAUAAUAAACUCAAUUUGUUAGAAACUUAAUUGAAGAAUUUUGAUGAUGUAGCUAGGUAAGAGAAGGAAGAGCUAGAAAAAGGAUGGUAGAAGAAGUAUAAGGAGUUGGAGAAGUAGAGUGUGUAAUACAAAAGGGAUCUGAAUUAGUUGGAAAUCCAAUUACAAUAAGUUGAUUUAUUGGUUUAAUAGAAAGAACAAGAGGUAGAGUAGGCAGUAGCCAAAUCUAAAGAGUUGUCAGGCUUAAAUGAAAGGUAGCUAUAAACUAUAUAAGCCAAUUCUGUAGAAAUACUCAGAUUGACUAAGGAGGUCUAAGAGAAAGACUAAGAUUUAGAAUACGCAGAAUAAUAAAAUGAGGAUAUCUCAAAAGAACGUACUUCCAUUGAUGGAGAGAAUUGA